AUGGACUUCCGAAGUUUAUGCUACAAGAAUGUAGUAUACCGACUUAAUGGGGAAACUUGGGCCAAGGCUUUUUUGUGGUAAGUGAAUUUUGCAUUUACGUAUAAAUAACACGAUUUGAACGCAAAAAAAUCGUACUUAUAACUUUUCAUGCAGAAUUGUCAAAAUUAUAAUUUUAAAUAAAAUUUAUAGUUUUUUUAUACGUGCUGAACUUUUCGGACAACCUAGUACAUAAAAUUUUUUAAUAUUUUUUUACUCAAUUAUAUCAUCUUUUAUUCAGUACCAACCAACGUACACUUGCCAUGGCCGAGUGGAGAUCGGAAGAAAAGUUCAGCAGGUUUAUAACGUGUUGUCCUUACACUGGAACGCUGGCAAUGGUUUUAAAGUACAACAAACUAUUGAUCACAAAGCUGGAUUUUGGACAGAAAAUUUUUAAAUGUGUCAACUCAUUUCAUGAAAGAAUUCAUGGAGAUCUGCAUAAAGUACAACUGAUUAACAAAGCGACACAAAUGAUUGUACAAACGAAUACAUCGUUUAUUGUUUACGACUUGAUGGACGAUAGAAUUGCAAAAGUUUACGAAAGGAUAAACUUGCAUAGUUACAACGCUAACACAUUGUGCUACAACGACGGCACUUUAGUUGAUUUAUGUAAUCAAAAAGAAUACAAAGUCCAACUGUCCUUUCCAGUAACGUUUAUACUAAACAUCGAUUUGUACGGCUACAUAAAGUACAUUGGGUACUGGAACGAUCAAAAAGAAUUUGUCCUAAUUGAGAAUGCUACUGGUCAACAUUAUGUCCUUUUUUCUUCAAACAGUCUGUACGAAACUUCCAGUAUACGUGUUUUUAGUUGUUUGAAUCAAGUAAUGAUGCAAGGUAAGCAACAUUCGUUGACGUUUACGUAUUUUAAUAUGAUAUGUGUAGUUAUUGUAAUAUACUUAUGUAGUACAUAAAAAUAUAUAUUGUAUUUUAGGGGAUAAUACACGAAUAUACAAAAUUAAAACCGGAGACUGUGUAUUCAAAAACUUCCCGUAUCGCGCUGGUAUAGAUUACAAGAUGCAAGGUAUGGAUGGUAUGCACUUGCUUCACAACAAUAAAGUAAGUUUGCAUAAGCAUGGUUACUUAAAAUAGUUUAUUUGUAAACUAACAUAAUUAUUUGUGAUAAAUGAGAGAAGAUUUCGACAUAUUUAAAUUUUUUUCUUGUUGCCGUUUCUAAUUGUAUGCCCCGUAAAGUUAGUAGCUAAAAUUUUAUGAUUUUAGCUGAUCGGCUACUGUAAAAGAAAAAAAGGAAUGGAGAGAAAUGGGAACAUGCCAUUAUCGAGCGAGUAG